AUGCCUGUGAAGAUUGUUUACGAUCCUGAUGACUCCGCGGGACGCGUUCCCAACAAGAAUAUCAAGCACAGGAGCCUUGUCAACGGCAAGGUUAUCAAUGUCAAAAUGGGCACUCCUGACGACUACAAAAAGGUUCUACAAACCAAAUCGAGUACCCAGCGACUUAGUGUCAAUCCAGAUGUGCCGAAGACCCUGACUCCCAAGGGUUACACUAAGGAAAUAAAUCCACGUGCCGAUUUCAUUGUGGCUGGAGCUGAUAGAGGAGAUGUCGUUCAAGGUCAACUUGGCGAUUGUUGGCUUCUGGCUGUAAUCUCUUCAAUGGCCGACAUCACCGAACUCUUUAACCACAUUGUGCCGAAGGGUCAGACGAUCCAAGGCCCCGACUAUGUGGGCGUCUUCAAGUUUCGUUUCUGGCGGUUCGGCCAGUGGGUGGAGGUGUUGGUAGAUGACCGCCUGCCCGUUGUGGCUGGUACCAAUGAAAUGAUCUUCAUGCACUCCGAUGAGUGCAACGAAUUUUGGUCUCCACUGAUGGAGAAGGCCUACGCCAAACUGAACGGGUGCUAUGCCAAUCUCUCGGGCGGUACUCAAGGUGAAGCAAUGGAGGAUAUGACUGGUGGUCUGGUAGAAUCAUUGGACUUGAAAAAGGUCCCUGGUCCGGAGUUUUACAGUGAUGUGCACAAGUAUCUUAAGCGGUGCUGUCUAAUGGGCUGCUCCAUUACCUCCAAAGAGAUUGAGGCCAAACUAAACAACGGUCUGAUCGCUGGACAUGCCUACAGUGUAAAUGAUUUGGAGGACGUGACCUACAAGGGGUCAAAGGUUCACCUUUUACGAGUUCGUAAUCCCUGGGGCAAUAACUACGAGUGGAAGGGUGAUUGGUCGGACAAUGCACCCCAGUGGCGUGAUGUGAGUGAAGCCGAUAAAACACGUCUGCAUCUUCGUUUCGCCGCAGAUGGUGAAUUCUGGAUGUCCAUGGAUGACUUCAUGAAGUGUUUCACCAAGCUGGAGGUCUGCCACUUGGGUCAUGAGUCUCUUGAGGAAGGCAUGACAGUGAAGGGGAAGAAACGUCUUGAAGAGACCUUCUUCAGCGGUGAAUGGGUCAAGAACGUCAAUGCGGGCGGCUGUGCCAAUUUCCGAGAUCCGACUGAUGACCAGGAUAAGUCUACUGUUGUUAUCGGUUUGAUGCAGAAGAACGUGAGGAAGAGGGGAGGUGGCAAUUUCUUCACCAUUGGCUUCUGUGUCUAUAAGGUUAGCCAUGUCACUAAAAGUAUGCGUUUUUUUUUGAGCGUAAUGCGGGGGCGUGGAGGAUUAAGAAAUGCCCUUCUUUUCUACCCUUUUGGGCAGAUCCCAUCAAACACGGAGGGUUUGCUAAAACGCGACUUCUUCAACACGAACCGACCAAUUAGCAUCUCGGAGUUCACCAACACCCGUGAAGUGGUUGUCAAAUUGCGAGUGAUGCCUGGUUGCUACCUCAUUGUGCCAAGCACUUUUAACCCCAACCAGGAGGCCCAAUUCAUCAUUCGUGUCUUCACUGAGACUAUAAUUAAGGAGUCCGAGUGUGAUGACAAAAACAGCUUCAAGGGGUUAUCUGAGAAUGAAGACGACUUUGUGGACAGUCUUUUCAACUCGGCCAAGGAUCCUGUCACAAAUUCCAUCAAUGCCGAACAGUUGCGUGAUAUUUUGAAUAAAUCCACCAUGAAGUGCAAAAUGGAGUAUGAUGAGUUUAAGAGGCUCUGGGAGAAUUGUCAGUGCUGGAGGGUGAGUUCGGUAGCUACUGUGAUGUGUUUGAACUUAACUGAAGCACAAGAACGAAGUCAUAUUUGCGAUUUAUGCCUCAAGGAUGUUUUCGCCCAACGCGACCGCGAUGCCAGCAAAACUCUCAAUGUCACCGAGCUGCGCGAGGCGCUUAUGAGUGCUGGUUUUCACCUCUCCGGUCUUGUCUUUACCGUGGUGGUUCAACGCUUCGUCACGCAGAAGUUGAAUGCGGUGACGUUUGAGGACUGGCUUAUCUGCUGUGUCCGUUUGAAAAACAGCUUUGAGACUAUGAAGGCGCAGUUCAAGACCAAUGACGGCAACCUCAUGUUCACCGAAGAUGAUGUCGCAGGCAGAAAGCCGGAACUGGACUGA